AUUUAUACGCUCACCGCUCAUGCACUGAACAAUCAUCAAAUUAUUUCUUUCAACAAACGUGGCUCUUCUAGUCCAUUAAACUUGUGGCGCGGGGUCGAUAAGCAAACAAUUAUAAACUUUGCGUACGAUGCGUAUAAGUAAGCGACAAGUGUCAAUGUACUAUGCAGUUGGAAAGUAGCAAUCUAGUCAUUCACUUGUUCUCUGUAAACCGAAAAAAAAAUUUUAUACAACCAAAAAUGUUCAGUGUUAUUAAAUUAAUCUGCGUUGCGGCGUUGGUCGCGAGUGCUCAAGCUGUUUCCGGAAACUACGAUGGUGUUCUGGAUGAGUUGAAGCAACGGGUCGAGCUGAAAAAUGAUGCUGCGGUCGACGCUUACAUAAAACACCAGGUCGACUUGAUGGCGAAUGAUGGCAACCUCAAGUUUCCUGGAGAAUACGAGAUGCGCAUGCCGUACAUUUUCGACAGUACUUUGUACAUUAAUAUGCACAAAGUCGUUGCCUCCGACGUAAGACAUAUGCGCAGAUCUGGUCCCUCGAGCGCCCGAUUCGGGGCUGAUUCAAUCACGGUCAGGUAUCCAGUAGUUCUCCCCAAUAUCAGAAUCAAAUUUGGAUUGGCUAAGUUCAAAGUCUUGGGAGUACCGACGAGCGUGAACACAGCCUACAUCGACGUGAGGAAGAUGAGCGUAAUGGUCGAGUCAACCGCGAGAAUUACCAAGAACGAGUGCGACAUCAGCUUCACCUUCGAUCCAAUCAGAGUAUCGAACGUGAAGAUCGGUGGCACCGUCCUGGCGACGUUCGCCGGAAUCGACGAGCCGGUUUUCAAACGAACGCCGGCCUUGAUCAAUGAGGCACUCACUCGCAAGUACAAGGAAUACGGCGACUAUCUCUGCCAAUCUCUGAAGAAAAAUUAGAGAUCGACGCUGGCA